AUGAAAGAUAUAAUAGAUGCUUGUGUUGAACUUGUCACGGUAAAUGGGCGUCCAUUCAGUAUGUUGAAUGAUUUGGGACUGCGCAAGAUAUUGGAUCCAGUUUUGAAUGGUGUAAAAAAUAGUGUUGUUAUAAAUUCAGAGUCCAUUAGAAAAUAUUUACACGAAGAAUGUGAUCAGAUAAAAAAAACAAUAAUGAAAGACAUACAUUUUAAGCUGAUAAGCUUAAAAUUAGAUGCAGUUACGAGGCUGAACAGAGCAUUCCUAGGAAUAAACAUUCAAUAUAUUGUCGAUGAUAGUAUUAUACUGAAGACGAUUGGGUUAAUAGAACUUACCGAGUCACAUACAGCAUUUUUUCUUUUAGGUAUAUAUUUGAAAGAUACAAUUUUAAAUAUCUUAAAAAAAUUUAAAAUUGACAUAAAUCAAGUAUAUACUAUUACAUCAGAUAACGGAGCAAAUAUGCUUAAAGCUAUUGAUUUAUUUAAUGACUUAGAAUUAGAAGUCGAUGAACCUGUAUAUGAGUUAAUAAAUGAUGAUAGUGAUACUAGCUCUACAUCAGAUGACAAUAAUGAUAAUAACAGUGAUCUUGAAAAUGUGUCAACUCUUAAUCCGGGUCUUGAUGAUGGAGAAAUAUCUGAUUUAUUAAAUGAAAACUUUGAUGAUGUUGAUGAACAAUAUGAAAAAACAGAAAUAAUUGUAACUGAUAUUGUUGCCCAAAAUAUUGGUGGUGAGAUUUUUACUGGUAUACGCUGUGUAGCUCAUACGCUUCAAUUAGCAGUAAUUGAUAGUCUCAAAGGUAGUACUGUUGAAAAACUAUUAAACAAGGUGAGAAUAUUAGUUAAGAAGCUAAGAAACCAAACUUACUUAUAUCUUAUUAAAAAAGAAAAAUUAAAAUCACCA